UUUCCCACACCUGAAAUGGCCGCAGUGGCUUAUGACGUGGCAGCUUAUGCUCUCAAGGGUAAGGAUGCGGAGCUGAAUUUCCCUGACUCCGCUUCCUCCCUUCCUGUCCCCGAUUCACUCUCGGCGCGUGACAUUCAGGUGGCGGCAGCGGCUGCGGCGGCGGCUGCCGGAGCUGCGAAGGAUGCUAUGCAGACGCCAACAGGGAAUAAUAAGUCUUCAGGGGUACAAGAGAAGCAAGCAGGGACAAGUAACGAGUUCGUGGACGAGGAUUUGAUCUUUGACAUGCCCAAUGUUCUGGUAAAUAUGGCUGAGGGAAUGCUGCUUAGUCCUCCUCCUUUUGACAUUGGUGUGGAACCUAAUAGCCCAGAAAACAUCGAACAUGAGACAAGCCUGUGGAAUUUCCCAUAAGACAAAUGCUAGUUAAACC